ACUGGUUUCUACUAGCACCGUCAGGGACUAAUCUGAUUGGUGUCCUGAGAAUUCCAUGUGGACCUUGGGGAAAAGUCAAAUAGACUGGGAUUCUGCAAGCUGGCAGUGUGCCAUAGGCCAGAAGCGGUGUCCCCCAUAGAAUAAAAGGCCAGGCAAAGCAUUGACAGGGUGUCAUCUGGAGCUGCAGGCAGACAGAGAGGAGCAAGAGAGAAGACUGGAGGCUAAAUAAAGGAAACUGUAAGUUAUUGGGUUUGAUUGUUGUUGCAUAAGAGCGUAACAGUUAUUGAAAGUUGACAGCAACAGUGGAUCUAUUUCAGUUUAUGGAAGGUGGGAGUAAAAAUCUAUACAGAAUUAACACUGCAAACUUUAAGCACAUUAUAUAUAAAGAAAUCUUGGGUAGGACUGCCAUAUCCAGAAAAAAAAAUUUUGGCAUUUUUUACAAAUUAAGAUUUUGAACUGUUUUUUAAGGAAUUUCACCUAAAUCAACAUUUCUGACAUGGGUUGUCAUGUGUCCAGAUUUUCCUGGACAUUUCAGGAAAUUCCACUCAGACACUGGCCAAAUCCCAGCUGUGUCCGGGAAAUUCUAGACUUAUGGCGACCCUAAUGUUGGGUAAAGGAACAUUUCAGAGAACAUUACUUGCUUGUAGGGCUUUUUUCAGCCAGAACUCCCUGGAACUCGGUCCUGGCAUCUCUCAUGAGGGCACCAUUGCCAUUUAAAGUGAAGAAGAGAGGUGUUUGUGAUGAGUUCUGGCACCUCUUUUUCUAGAAAAAUAGCCUUUAUGCUUGGGAAGCAUAAGUAGAAUGCAAAACAUGUUGUUGCUUGCCAAGGCCCCCAUAUUGUUUUUGUUUAGUCGUUCAGUCCUGUCCGACUCUUUGUGACCCCAUGGACCAGAGGAAAGGCCCCCAUUAUUGUCCACCUAAUGGACAAUAAACACACGGACAUAAGUGUUUUGGUUUAUGGGUUCCAAUAAGCCACAACUUUAUUGGUUACAGAUAUGAGCUGUUUGGCUUAGGCAUUGGCGAAACCAGGCUAUAUCUUGACUCCUGCCUGUCUGCUGGGAGUCCAUCUAAGGGUAAACCAUCAUUAGGGGGUGCCCUAUGACUUACAUCAACUAGGGACACCCCGAGGGGUCCCCGUAGGGGUUGUGACAUGGCCCUAGCCCACGUCCCGGCAUUGGACAGAAUUCACAACCCCGGAUCCCUUUAACAGGAUACCCUUACUGAGGAGGGACAGGCGGAGGCUACAACCUCCCCUCCAUACAAACAAAGGCUAACCGCCACUCGAGCCCAAAUGGCUUGCCGCCAACACCCUCACACCUGCAACCAGUCCCUGAUGCACUCUGAAGUGUCAUUCAACAGGGUAUCAUUGCCGACAUCAUGAAGGUGUACCCCGUCACCGCGAGACAAGGCUUCCUUGUCAAAGGUGAAGACAGGUGAUUGCUUUCUUUCUGGCUCUAUUAAUGGCCAGAAAGGAAAGCUAAGACCAGGCAUCCCCAAACUCGGCCUUCCAUAUGUGUAGGGACUACAAUUCCCAUCAUCCCAGACCACUGGUCCUGUUAGCUAGGGAUGAAGGGAGUUGUAGUCCCAAAACAUCUGGAGGGCCGAGUUUGGGGAUGCCUGGCUUAGAGCAUUGUUGAAGCUUUGUUUAAGCUGCCAACCGGGAAAGGUAAGCAGACUUAUUAUAAGGGGAAUACUUUUUUUUAAGAGGGGUGAACAUACAGCAUUGAACCACUAGAUGGGGGAGCUGUUGUGUGUCCGAAUUGCAACAUGCAAAAGUGACUCUGAUUUAGGUCUCAUUAAAUGCUACUAGGCAAGGGGAAAUAAGUUAAACUGUAUGUUUCAAAGUUCCGUUUAUUGAAAAGGCUAUGUGAAAAAAUUGAUGACUGCAGGCAAAUUUAGUAAAAGUUUUCAUGCCUACAUGUUAGAGUGAAUAUGCCUCCCUCCCCCCACAAUCACCAGCCCCCAGAGAUUUAACUUCCAUGGACACUGAGGUGGGAGCCCCCAAUCCUGAAUAUGGCAACUUCAGAAAACACCCCCCAAAGGCAUUAUUUCACCCCCACAAAAUCUCUAACACAUACAUUUCCCCCCCCCCCCAAAUGCAAAUGAAAUACUAAGCACAGGAAUUUGCAUAUCAUGAGGACUAUCCCUUGUAAAUGGUGAUAGAUGUAUAUUUUCUCUGUCUCUGGCCAGAGGAGGAUAGAAUCAAGAGACCCUCUUUCUCGUCACCCUACUUCAAAUCUGCUAUAUCUGUAUCCCCUCUCUAUGGUAUAGGGUCAGAGGUGGAGCUCAGAUUCAUUCCGUCCCUUGCUCAGAUCUCGCUUCAGUGAGAAACUUACACGGUUUAUACAAAUAUCUCUUGGCCUCAUCUCCCUGACCCUCAACAAUGGUCUAAGCUUCUUGUCUUAUGUAGCAUAAUGCCAGAGGCAUGGUGGGUAAUUAAUACAGUAGCCAACAUCCGUAAGGUGGAUGAUGUUAAUUAUUUCACCGCCUGCACUUGAAAUUUGUCCCGUUGUCAAAAACAUAAUAAUAGCGAAAAUUCUACCCACUUGUGAAGGGUGUACACAAAUGGAGUGGUCAUGCUCUAUAAAAUACAUUGUGUGGAUACUGUCCUCCGUAGACUGUUGUUGCAUGACAGUGGUCACAUACUGUGAAAUGCUGACUCAACACAUUGUUGUUUAUCAAGUACUGACUGGCAAGUGUCAAUAUUCACACAGACAUGUGAUCAUGACUAGACAACAUCCACCAAAACAUUUGCAGAUGAGAAUUUGAAAGGAUAUACAGCGGUACCUCGGGUUAAGAACAUAAUUCAUUCCAGAGGUCCAUUCUUAACCUCAAACUGUUCUUAACCUGAGGUACCACUUUAGCUAAUGGGAUCUCCCACUGCCGCUGCCGCCGCGCCGCCACUCUGCAACUUCUGUUCUCAUCCUGAAGCAAAGUUCUUUACCCAAGGUACUAUUUCUGGGUUAGUGGAGUCUGUAACCUGAAGCAUCUGUAACCCGAGGUACCACUGUACAGUCAUACAUUGAGAGUCAAACGGAAUCCAUUCCGGAAGUCCGUUUGACUUCCAAAAUGUUCAGAAACCAAAGCACGGCUUCUGACUGGGUGCAGGAAGGUCCUGUAGCCAAGCGGAAGCCACAGAAGCCCCGUUGGAUGUUCGGGUUCCAAAGAACGUUUGCAAACCGGAACAGUCACUUCUGGGUUUGUGGCAUUCAGGAGUCAAAACUUUCAAGUUCCAGGGCGUUUGGGAUCCAAGGUACGACUGUACAGUAUUCGUUUGAACUCCAAGCUGUUUCACAAAGCACCCUCUGGUGGCAAACAGAAAGAAAGCGUUUAUACACCCACUUUACUUUCCCCCCAGGUAUCUCUUUCAGGCGGUGGUUGCCCACGAUGAUGCCUUUCAAGGGAUCUGGCCUUGUGCUCCUCACCUUUCUGGUGUCUGUUCUGGCACUGGGAGCCUAUUGUGAAACCCCCUAUGAGAAGUUCCUAAGGCAGCACCACAAUAAUCCCAAGAGCAGCGUUGGAAAGCAGUAUUGUGACGUCAUGAUGAAAAGACGUGGGCUGGACAAACCAGCAUGCAAGGAAGUGAACACCUUCAUCCACGGCACCAAGAAUAACAUCAUAGCUGUGUGCACUGCAUCUGGAGGGAAGGAUUAUGGAAACAGGCUGAGGGUCGCUCUCCGCCCCUUCACUGUCACCACCUGCAGGCUCAAAGGCGGCUCAACUCGCCCACCUUGCAAGUACUCUGAUAACAAAUCCUCCAGAUACAUCGUCAUUGCCUGUAAUCGGAAUGGGAAGCCUGUGCACUUUGAUGAAAGCAUCAUUGUACCAUAG